GACAUGAAACAGACCCAAACCAGUUUAGCAUUAGAUUCAAUAGCGAGAGGUCAUGCUUUCAAGAUUCGACAGGAUCUGAGGGAAAACAGCGGAGUUAGUAUUUCCCGAGCGAGCAGUUUCCGUCGGAGCGGAGCAGACGAGACCAUGGCCGGGGCCGAGAUGGACUACACGGUGCAUGAGGCCUGGAACGAGGCGACCAAUGUUUAUCUGAUCGCCAUUUUGGUCAGUUUCGGGCUCCUGGUCUACGCUCGCAAAAACAAAAGGAAGAUUAUGCGAAUAUUCACUGUGCCCCCAACUGUUGACCCAACACCUGAGCCCAAUUUUUAUGACAGUUUACAGAAAGUUCGAUUACGGCAACAGUUAGAGAUGUACUACAUCGCACGAAAGUACGACCUGCAGCAAGAACAGCCGGAUAGUGUGCAGCUUACAGUGGACUGAGAACUGAUAGCUACAAUAUAAUAACACACAGGCACUAUUGAUACUCAAGUGGAAAUGACAAAGUAAGGAUCGUGACUAGAAGGUGAAGCCAUUAAAAAAACAAUAAAAAUGAUAGGAAUCUGAAAUCAGAGCAAAAUAUGUUAGCAAUUGAAACUUAAUGUUCAUUUCUUGCAAAACAAAUAUACAGGAGAGGUGAGACUGUUCCUUGUCAUAUUAAGAAAAUUGGCUUAACCUUCCUGAUCUACAUCUAAAUCACCAAUUUGUAUAUUUUUAAAACAAAACCACUGAUAUCAAUUCUGUUAAUGAAGUUGGUUUCCUCCCCAUAAAAAAUGAUGAGGAAGGGAAUCAAGGCUUUGAGUGUUCUCAGCUAUUUAUAAGAUUGCCUUCCUAACCUCACAAUGUUAAUGAAAGAAUACAAGUUAAUAGGAACGUAACACCCUAAUUAGGAGUAGACUAUUUCAUCCCGAAGCCAGCUGCAAUAGUCAGUUUGAUCAUAGCUAAUCUUCUGACUCAACUGCACUUCCCCACUCCUACCCCAUACCCCUCAAUUUCUGAGGAACCAAAAAUCUAUCCAGUUUGUCUAAAAUCAAGCUUGUUCCUGCAUCUGGGAUAAUUAUUACAGAUCCACAAGUGACAUCCGAGAUAGAGAUGUGAUGAUUGAGAAUAAUUUCCUCAGGAUUGAUGUUGUGAUGAAACAACGCUUUUUCAGUUGAGGAUUUUUGAACAGUUUAAUGCUGAGCCAUUUCCAUUUCUAAGCAUACACUUUUGUUCUAAAGAUUUUUGUAAGCUAGAAUACAGUACGAUUUUAUUGGUGUGAGGAUUCUCAUUGUAAUUUAUUUUAAUUUUAUAUUGUAAUUGGAUGUUAUAAUAAAGUCAGUUCUGAUAUAAUAAUAGUUCCGUUCUCGUGCGAGCUCAUGUUAAGAAAAAUAGUGUAAUGGCUGCACCGUGUAAACUAAUGGGAUCGGAAUCACAUUUUAGCUGAUUACAUGUGAGGAAAGUUCAGGUUCUACAAAUAAUGAUCUAAAUUCUUCAAUCGCAUUAAAGCCAAUUUGCUUUGAAGAAAUACACAUUAUAGCAGAACCAAAUGUAGAACUGUUAAGUAGCACGUUAUCUAGUUAAAUGUUAAUUAAAAUAGCUUUUAAAAAUAAUUUUAGAUGUUACAGUAUUUUAAAUGCUUAAUUUAAAUAUCUGUUCACUUUUUCUGUUCUUUUUCCACCUGGUAUAGCCACAGACAUUUGUGGUCUUGUGGCACUUUGUGGAAUAAGAAGCUGGACAAUGUUCUAGUGUUAAUUACCCUGCCUCAAAAUCAGAUAUUUAUCAGAUGGGGUCACUGGAUAGUCAGCAGAAGUAGAACUCAACCCAAUAUAUAUUUAAACACCUGAAAUUCAGCCCCUUCUAACUGCUGUAUUGACAACAAUAGAUUAACUAGGAUCUUAGUUAAGUUGAUCUUAACCUACUGCGAAUCCUCUUGCAAGGAUGCCUGCCUUGAAGAAGCUCUCCUCCUCCCUCUACAAGGAUUUCUGUGAGUCCCUCUCUCACUGCACCCCCCAGGUCAUCGCCUCUGCCCUGAAGAAAAAACCACGACUGAACAACCCAAAUGGCCUCCUUCUUCAAAGACCACAAUUUCCCCUCCGACGUG